CGUUUUCCCUGCUGUUACUGCAUGUGGAAUGUACAGACUAGAGCGAGAGUAAGACGGUGCAUGCAGCCGAAUCAAAACAAAGCAAACUGUUGUGGUGCUGUUAAUGAUAUGAGUUUCAAAUGAACAAUGGUCUAGAAGUAUAUAUGCAGCACUUAGCUUUCUUUAUAACCGUAACGUUUGAAUUAUUUACCUGUAGUCUGUACAUUUAAUCUUCCCGCCUCUUUCUGCACAAAAAAUGUCCCAGGACAGUCAGCAUGGCAAGUGGACCAUAUCAGAUAGUGAAGACGAGGACAACAUUAUCCCUCCAACACCUCAGAAGGAUUUAAACAAACCAAGCGUUAAACCUGAUUUAGAAAGAAAACCAGAUAAGAUCACCACCUUAUUCAAGCAAGAGCCCAAACUGAGUCCAAAACGCAAUGAGAAAGCUGAAAAUUCCCAUACUGUGAAAGCACCGUCUGCUCCUUCCAUGGGAUCUGAAGCCAGAAAAGCUGCACAUGUGAAUCAAACUGACCCUGUAAAGUAUGAAAGAAACUCGCCUGCUGUAAAGAGAAAGAGAGAAACAGAGGAAGGGGGCUGGAACCUCUCUAGCAGUGAUGAUGAAGCUCCACCACCUGCCCUGAAAAAUGAGCCCAAAAAGCCAAAUCGAAGUCCUAAAAGGAAGAAGACCGAAGACAAGCGUCCUCCGAGCCCUCACGGCACUAGUUAUUAUAAAGAAGAGCCAGCUGAUUUCUUUGAGACCAACUUAUUGUCUGUGAAUGGCAUGUAUCGUUUUUAUUUAAACAAAGUCACUGGGAUACCAAAAAAGUACAACACUGGAGCGCUGCAUAUCAAAGAGAUACUUUCUCCGAUGUUUGGAACGCUAAAAGAGUCUGUACAGUUUAAUUACUGUUUUGACAUUCCAUGGAUGGUGGAGCAGUAUCCGCCAGAAUUUAGGGACAAACCAGUCAUACUUGUUCACGGAGAAAAGAGAGAGUCCAAGGCUCGGUUAAUUGAGCAAGCCAAACCAUAUCCAAAUAUUCGUUUCUGCCAGGCCAAACUGGACAUUGCAUUUGGCACACAUCAUACGAAAAUGAUGCUGCUUUGGUACGAGGAGGGAUUCAGAGUCAUCAUUCUUACCUCAAACCUCAUCCGAGCCGAUUGGUACCAGAAGACACAGGGGAUGUGGAUGAGUCCUCUGUACCCCAGGUUACCGGAGGGAAGUCUGGGAACAGCAGGGGAGUCUCCCACCAACUUCAAAAGAGACCUGCUGGAAUACCUGGAAGCAUACCGGGCACCAGAGCUUGCCGAGUGGAUUGAGCGCAUCAAACAGCAUGAUCUGUCAGAAACAAGAGUAUAUCUCAUUGGUUCAACUCCAGGAAGAUAUCAAGGACCUGCAAUGGAGAAAUGGGGCCAUCUACGAUUGCGAAAAUUGCUGAGCGAGCACACGCAGCCUGUGCAGAACGAAAAGCAAUGGCACGUGCUUGGCCAGUUCUCCAGUAUCGGCUCCAUGGGUCUUGAUAAGACUAAAUGGUUGGCAGCUGAGUUCCAGCGCACUCUGACCACACUGGGGAAGGCAGGAAAAUCAUUAGCCAGUCCAGAAACACAGAUGCUCCUGGUUUACCCAUCUGUGGAAAAUGUGAGAACCAGUUUGGAGGGGUUUCCAGCUGGGGGAUCUUUACCCUACAGCAUACAGACAGCACAAAAACAGAUCUGGCUUCACUCGUACUUCCAUGGCUGGCAUGCUGAUGUUACUGGUAGGAGCAAUGCGAUGCCCCACAUUAAGACUUACAUGAGGGUUUCACCGGACUUCACACAGCUGGCCUGGUUCCUUGUCACAAGUGCCAAUUUAUCAAAAGCUGCCUGGGGCGCCCUAGAGAAGAACAACACUCAAAUGAUGGUUCGCUCCUAUGAACUAGGAGUCCUCUACCUACCUUCAGCCUUUAACAUGAGCUCAUUUCCUGUGGAGAAGAAUGUGUUUCCGGGCUCCAGCUCCUCGAAGGGCUUCCCUGUGCCCUUUGACCUCCCACCUCAGCGUUACUCAAGCAAAGAUCAGCCUUGGAUCUGGAAUAUUCCAUACACUCAAGCCCCAGACACUCAUGGAAAUGUAUGGGUACCUUCUUGAGCAGUUCAAGCCGCUCGGAUCAUCUGCAAAAGACGGAAUUAAUAUGGAAAUCAGACCAUCAGUGUCUCGCUCUGCUCCGUAUCUGUUCAGUUCGCCCUUAUGAGGAUUUAGCAACCUUAAUGACACCCUUUAACCUUUGACAGCAAAGGUAGAUAUAUAUACCAUAAUAGUGUGCACCCUUAAUGCUGUAUUUUAAUCUUUUGUUGUUAUAGACACCGUAGAGAUGUUUAGCUAUGUCUUUAUCAUAAACAUUUUGUAAAAAGGCCAAAUAAAUAUCCUAAAAACA